CUGUUUGAUGGUCUUUAUUGAAGCAUUUUAAAAGCUGGAAUUAACAUUUUAUUUGCAAAAAAGCAUCACUUUUUGGAUAAAACUGUUAACUUUAUAAAACAGACUGUAAUUCCCCCUUGCCACCGCUGGGUGGUGCUGUAAGCGGGAGGUCCUGCAGUUGCGCACUAGAAAGCGGCGGAGCUGCUACGUGGAAAGGCGGGGGGAGUUCAGGGGAGGAGAGCGGCGACUCGCGCGCGCUCGCUCUUUGAUCAAAAAUGAGUCGCGUCCUGAGACGGAGCUGAAACAGGAGGACGUCUGCGCCAUGGACGGCGGGCUGACCAUCACCUUCUUCUCCGUGGCCAUGUUCGUGGGCUCCUUCCUGCUCGGAUUCUUCCCGCUUCUGUUCAGGCUGUCUGAGAAAAGCCUGCAGUUUGUCUCCAUUCUCGGGGCCGGGCUGCUGUGCGGGACGGCUCUGGCCAUCACCAUCCCGGAAGGUGUGGCUUUGCUGGAGGACUCCUGGAAAGCAUCCUCCUCUGAUGUGCCAUCUGCUCUCAAUGCCAAUAAAUCCAACGCCUCCGCCACAGAAGAAGAAAGCCCGCCGCCUCGCUCCUACAUCGGAGUGGCGCUAACGUUGGGAUUCACCUUCAUGUUUGUUGUGGAUCAAGUUGGAGGUUACUUCUCCACGCGGGGUCCAUCGAGGCCGGCGCCGCACGGCUCCCACAUCACAGCCACUCUGGGCCUGGUCAUCCAUGCAGCAGCCGACGGCUUUGCUCUGGGUGCUGCAGUGGCUACGGGUCAAGUGGCGGUUCAGGUUGUUGUGUUUUUUGCUGUGAUUCUUCACAAGGCUCCUGCAGCUUUCGGUCUGGUGUCCUUCCUGAUGCACGCAGGCCUUGACAAGAAGUUCAUUCAGGGACAUCUGCUGGCCUUCUCAGCUGCAGCCCCUCUUGUUGCUAUCAGUACAUAUUUCAUCUUGCAAGCAUCUGGAAAUUCGGCGCAGAAGCAGCUCGGUGCCACGGGCGUAGGAAUGCUCUUCUCAGCCGGGACCUUCCUCUAUGUGGCCACGGUGCACGUGCUCCCAGAGGUCAGCCGGACAGAGCAGCGCCCCUCCCAGCUCCAGCAGCACGCCGGAGCGGGGGACCGCCACCAGCGGCACUUGGGACUCAUGGAGAGCGCCACUCUCAUCCUGGGGGUGGGACUGCCAGUGUUGUUGGCUCUUGGGCUCCAUGACGACUAAGAAGGAGGCUUCAGGACGGUUGAAGCUGCAAACGGCGUUGUAAGGCCUGUAGGAGCUCCUCGCCGCCCCUCCAUUUGCCCUUUUUUUUUACCUGCUUCUAGUGGCUGAGCGGCUGUUUCACCCCCCCUUGCUCUCUCUCUUUGCCCCUUGCCACCCCGGUCAGAGCUGCACAUUUUUUCUUUUCUGUUAGGUUUUAUCUCCAUAGCAACCGCUUAAUUUUUUGGUCCCCUGAUAAUGAUAGUCAGAUCUAUGUAAUAUUGAGAGGAAUUGGCUAAACUAAAACUUUGAAUUUCCUUGACAACUGAGGUGGUUUAUUAACCCCGCCCACAUCCCUUAUUUGUUCACGUUAUAUUGUUUUGUACGGAAGCUGAUAACGGCCUGCCCUACUUUUUUCUUUUUACUGUUUUCUCGUGAUAUCGAGAUAAUGACGGAUAUCCCGUGGCGUCGCUCUCUCUCUCUUUCCCGCACUUAGACUUUAACUGUUUUAAGUUUCUUUAAUUUGUGGUCAACAGCAAAGACGGCAGAAGAAAAAAACUCACCAAAAGUCGUUUUUUAAUCUAUUUUUUAUGUAUUAGUGGAUCUACGCUCCUUAAACGCCUUAAUUCCCCCCACCCUCUCUUUCCCUAAAACCCCCGACAACCGGUUGAUUGACUGCUUCCCAGUGACACUCGAGGAGUCAGGAAGUGGAAGAUUUCAAAUGUGUAGCUGCUGCUUAAGGCUAAUUCUGUGGAAAGGUCAAAGGUUAACCAGACGUCGCUGGCGGUUGUAGACUUAGCCUGGUGGCGUGAAAUUUCGUGAAGGUCACUCGUGAAAAUGUCAAAAUCGUCACACGUUGCUAGAAAAUGGCUGCCAAGCCGUAGGUCCUGUGGCCAUCCCAUAAUAAUCUCACAACUUCCUUUGGAUAUCUCUGUCAUGUGUGGUUCGGUUUUGUUUCUUUAUUUUUAACUUUGUUUUUAGCCCUAUGAGAGAUUUUAACCCCUUUCAUCGUGUUUUUUUGUUGGUUUCUCUCGCAGUGAUGUCAUCUUUUCUGGGGUAAACUUUUAACUCAAGGCGCAAAGAAAGAGGAAUUGCGAAAACAAUCUGGUCCUUCAGGAAAACUGAGCGCGUGCCAAAUAUGUCAACUCUAGAAGAAACGUAUCUUUUUAGUCCGCUUUUUAUUCCUGUGUCUGACAAUCCUUCCAGGUUUUGUAAGGAUCUCCAAGAAAACAGGCCGAUCGUUUGACACUAUUGUGUCGACUGUUGAAGAUUAAGGUCACAAGUUUCAUUCUGUGAAAUGAAUAUGAUGUUGGAAAGAAGCUUUUAUUGUCUCACAAAAGUCACGUUGUCGCUUCCUUUUCCACUGUUCACAACAUGAAAAAAGACACAAACAUCUUUUCACAUUAGAGCCUUUAAAGGAUUUUUCAAAGAACGUCUUACUCCGGUCAUCGUUUGAUCUACCUUGAUGCGUUCCCAGUGGUCUUUUAAUUCAUAUUAUGCCAUUUUCUAGGACAUAUCUGUUGUCCACUGAGUGCGUUAUGUUAUGUUGAUGUGUGCAUUUUCGGCAAUCCGGCUUCCACGGCGUACGUUAAUACUGAUAAUGCACACUUUGAAGACCAUCAACAUGCUUAUACCAUGGUCACUUACAAAAGAAAUAAAUAUUCAAUCAGUUUUUAGUACUUUAAUCGGUUUAGAUUUUUUUUUCCCACAAAAGAAUUGACUAUUUGUUACAUGGUGCGCCGCUCCAAUCACCAACCUCGACGGCAGCGGCAAAGGAAUUCAAUAUAUAUGCUAAUCGUCACGAUGGGUAAAUAAAGCAUCAGUUCAGAGAGAAAGCUCACCUCUUACAGCUUGUUUCUGUCCAGAUGAUGAAGAUAAAGUUUGUUUUAAAGAAGCCAGCGCAGUGAUACAGAACAUUUAAGCUAAGUAACCGGAACUUCUUUGUUUGGCGUGCAUUAUCCCUGUGCAUUAUCACUCUUUAAUGCACACCCAGCAGCCAAUCAGAAUCGAGUAUUCACCCGGACCCUGGUAUAAAUGGGGCCUAUAUGAAUCUACAUUUCUGGAAAUGGAGGAGACAUAGACCACAAUGCAUUGCGUUUGUAUAAUUUUUGUAAAAAUAAAAAAAAA